AUGCCGCUAGUGGAGGGUUAUUCAUCCACUUCAGAAUCGGAAGGCGAUCAAAUUGAAGAAAUAGAAACUUUAGAUAAAGGUAACGGUCAAAAAGUGGAGAAUAGUGGGGUAUUAAUACUCAACAAGGUCGCAGAUCCUACGUCAUCAGUCUCUGUAGGAAUAGAAAGGAAACGCCAUAAUUUGUCCAAAUCUAACUUAAAGGCCAAACGCUCCAAAAGGAAAGGGAAAGGGCCCUGGGCAAAAUGGGAUUCAUCUAGCGAUAGUAACGAUGAUGCGGGCCUUGGAGAAGAUUACGUAUCCGAUUUAGUCGCCCCGGAGUUGGAUGCCACUGAGGUUCCCAUUGAUAAUGAGCAGUCGACAUUUCAUGGAAAGGCUCAAAAGGACUAUUUGGGCCGUGGUAUUUUGCAUCCCCCUGCAGACGUAGGGGUUGAAUUUGAUAAAGAACCUCUAUCAUUCAAAUGCUAUUUGCCGAAGAAGAUUAUACAUAGGUACGAAGGACAUAAAGGUGGGGUGACGGCACUGCACUUCAUACCAAAGUCUGCGCACUUAUUUGCAUCUGGUGGAAAUGAUAAUACAGUUCGAUUAUGGGACAUGUAUCAUGAUCGUGGUUUACUAAGGGAUUACUGUGGGCACUCGAAACCAAUCAGGGAUAUCAGCUUCUCGCCAUCUGGAGCACAGCUUGCAAGUUCAAGCUACGAUGGCUCUGUGAAGAUAUGGGAUACUGAAACGGGCGAUGUAAAACACAGGAUACUUCCACAUGCAAUACCGAACUGUAUUUCAUUCCACCCUAUAAACGGUAACGAGCUGAUAGUGGGCCUUUCUAAUUCAGAAAUAAAACACUAUGACCUCAGGACGAGUGGAAAAAACGCCGUGAUACAAACUUAUGACCACCAUACGUCUGCCGUUAAUGCCUUGAAGUAUUUCCCUGAUGGCUCAAAAUUUAUCUCAUCAUCAGACGAUAAAACGGUACGUAUUUGGGAUAAUCAGAUUAAUAUUCCUAUUAAGCAAAUAGCGGAUACUUCUCAAUAUUCCAUGCCGUGGCUUCAGGUGCAUCCAGAAAAGAAUUACUUUGCAUCACAAUGCAUGGAUAAUAGUAUUCAAGUGUUUUCUAUGAAACCAAAAUAUAAGAGGCAUCCUAAGAAAACUUUUAAGGGCCAUAUGGUUACAGGGUUUAAUAUUAAGUUAGACAUUUCUCCAGAUGGAAAAUAUUUAACCUCCGGUGAUGCUAAAGGCAAACUAUAUAUAUGGGACUGGAAGACUGCAAAAAUACUGAAGACGCUCAAUGUUCCAGCAGAAGACGCACUGACAAAUGUCGCAUGGAGUCCGCAGGAGACCAGCAAGGUUAUUUGUGGUGGCACUAACGGAAGAAUUUCACUUUUUGAUUAA